AUGUCGCUCACCAAGGGCAGCAGAGAGACUGUGGAAAAGGUGCUGGUGUGGGGAGCGGAGCCCCCAGCUCAGCCCCUGAGCAUCAGAGCGUGGAAACUGAUGCAAAGUGAUGCAAAGUGGAACUGCCUCACGUUGACAGUCCUUGCUAUUUUCCAUGAGCUGCAUGUGGAUACAGAUUUGUACACACUCCUGUUUGGAGAGAGUGUCCUAAAUGAUGCUGUGGCUAUCGUGCUGACGUACUCUAUAUCCAUUUACAGUCCUAAGGAGAAUCCUAAUGCGUUUGAUGCUGCUGCUUUCUUCCAGUCAGUGGGAAAUUUCCUAGGGAUCUUUGCUGGAUCAUUUGCCAUGGGAUCCUCUUAUGCUGUUGUCACAGCUUUAUUGACAAAAUUUACAAAGCUGUGUGAGUUCCCUAUGUUGGAGACAGGUCUGGUUUUCCUCCUAUCCUGGAGUGCCUUCUUAUCAGCAGAAGCUGCUGGUCUUACAGGUAUUGUUGCAGUGCUUUUCUGUGGAGUCACACAGGCCCAUUAUACCUACAGCAAUCUGUCACCAGAUUCCAAAAUGAGAACUAAACAGUUGUUCGAGUUCAUGAAUUUUUUGGCUGAGAAUGUCAUCUUCUGUUACAUGGGACUCGCACUAUUCACGUUUCAAAAUCAUAUCUUCAAUCCUCUUUUUAUAUUUGGUGCAUUUGUGGCAGUUUUUGUAGCAAGAGCUUGCAACAUAUACCCACUUUCUUUCCUUUUGAAUUUGGGUCGAAAACAAAAGAUUCCCAGGAACUUCCAACACAUGAUGAUGUUUUCAGGUUUACGUGGUGCAAUAGCAUUUGCAUUGGCUAUUCAAGACACAGAAUCCCAACCCAAACAAAUGAUGUUUACAACAGCACUGCUUAUUGUGUUUUUCACAGUCUGGGUAUUUGGUGGGGGCACAACACCAAUGCUCACAUGGCUUCAGAUCAGAGUUGGCGUAGAUCCAGAUGAAGAUCUGAAAGCAGAAGCUGCAAGCCAGAGUGCAUCUAACUUGGAUAAAAAUACAACCAAAGCUGAGAGUGCAUGGCUGUUCAGAAUAUGGUAUGGCUUUGACCACAAAUACCUAAAACCUAUCUUAACCCACGCCGGUCCACCUCUCACAACGACAUUACCUGAAUGGUGUAAUCCUGUUGCCAGGCUUCUGACCAGCCCCAGUGCAUAUGGCGAUCAACUGAAGGAUGAUAACACAGAUUAUAUCAUAAAUAAUGAUGAAUUGACUGAAAACUAUGAAUCAUCUGCUCACAUACCAGUGCCAACACAGGACAGAACAGGCUUCACCCAGGCUAUGGGCAAGGAAGAUAUUAAUGAAGGAGACCUAGGAUUAGGAGGGUACAAACUCCAGCUUGAACACACUGCUGGUCAACCCCAGAUGAAUUCAUUGGCAUGAACAGUGUAAUGUUAAUCACAAGAAAUAAGACUAAAACAAAGAAAUAAAAGAUACUAUUAUGUGAACAAGAGGCUAGAAA